CAGACCGCGCCUCGGCACGGAGGACCCUGCAGGGGGUGCAAUGGGUUGUCCUGUCUGCAAAAUGCAUCUGGAGGCUACCCGAGCUUGGAGUGCAGACGUUUGAAUGGUUGUGGGCCGAGGACGGGCCGAAGGGUUUGGCUGAAGAGACUCUCUUGCAUUCCCACCCAGAAAACAGGAGUUGUGGCAGGUACCUGUAACAGGUGCCCAGCGUCGCUUUAUUCUCAUCCUCACCUCGGAACCGGCCCCCGCUCCUGCUCCACCAUGCUGAUCCUCCUGGCCUUCAUCAUCCUCUUCCACAUCGUUUCGGCUGCGCUUCUGUUCAUCUCCACAAUCGACAACGCCUGGUGGGUGGGGGAUGGCUUCUUCACGGACAUCUGGCACCAGUGCCUCAACGGGACGAACUGUACCGCCCUGGAUAAUUCCCUUCCAGAAUACGCGUCUAUCCAGACCGUCCAAGCCACGAUGGUCCUGUCCACGAUUCUUUGCUGCGUGGCCUUUUUCGUCUUCGUCCUGCAGCUCUUCCGCCUGAAGCAAGGAGAGCGGUUUGUGCUGACCUCCGUCAUCCAGCUCUUGUCCUGCCUCUGCGUGAUGAUUGGGGCCUCCGUCUACACCGACCGGCGUGCGGAGCUGCACCGGGCCCCCCUCUACGGCCGCUUUGAGGUGGAGGGUGGCCGCUUCGGCUACUCCUACAUCCUGGCCUGGGUGGCCUUCGCCUUCACGCUGCUCAGUGGCCUCAUGUACCUCAUCCUGAGGAAGCGCAAAUAAAGCCCCCCCCCCGGCUCCCCCCCCUCGGAGCUCUCCUUGAAGCGCUGGCAUUCCAGGCCCCCCUUUGUGUAAAUAGAAGCGUUUGCCGUACAGCCACGCUUGCCCCCCCCCACAUCCUUGGUGUGGCAUCACAAGGCCGCCGGGAGGGCCGAAGAGGAGAGAGAAGUGGGGCACGGGGGGGGGGGUCUGCUUGGGACCAGCAGUGUGCAACCGAUGCCAGCCUCUUUAGCCCAGGCUCCCUUUUACGCCACAGGAAGGGGGGGGCUCCUCACGGCCCACAUUGUCCCCCCCCAAUUCUGUAAAGCCCCAAGAGCUGGCACCGUGCAGGCUGGCGCAACGGAGAGCCUCCGGGGUGCCAAGGGCCCCGCUCCCCCCCUGCCCCUCAAUACGCUCCAUGCAACAGCGGCUCCCAGUGGGGCGGCCCCUUUCGCCCUGCCCGGGGGGCACCCGGGGUCCCUUGCCCAAGACGAAGCGUCUCUCCUGGGCCAUGCUGGUGCGCGUCCUGAGCUACCUCGCUGGGUGCCGCGUGGUCUCGAUCCGCAGCCGGAGCGUCCUCCACCUUUGGCGCAGCUCGGCCUGAGGCGGCCCUGCAGGGGUUUGCCCAUUGGUGCAGGACGAGGCCGGACAUUGGCCUUCCCGUCCAAAGCGGAGGGGGGGAGGGGCAGGCCUUCAAUGUGUCUGAAGGCCCCCCUUCCCCCCCCUCCCCCGCGCAGACAAGGGCAGACUUCAAAGCCGAGCAAGGUUGGGCUGGCGCUGGGGAGGAGAGCGAUGCCCAGGCCCAGCAGAGGCCAGGGAGACCCUGGGGCGUCUUCGGCCAGAGGCAGCCCAGCCCUCCUCCUCCUUGGCUGCUGGCCUUGCUCCUCCCUGGCAGAAGAGCUGCCCCUUUUACCAGACCGUGACAUCCGAUCCCUGGCUAGCCAAAGAGGCUCCAGGGCUAACUGGCUGCUCUUAUGGAUGAGAAGAGGCAGCUCCACCUGCAGGAGUGACGGGUCUUUCCUGCUUUCCCAACAGCCCCUGCGUCAAACAUGCAGGCGGCCUCCUUGGUUAGGGUCUCAUUAAGCCAAGAUUUGGAGUGAGUGGCUUUAUCUGGACUAAAAUGGCCACCGCAGCUGUGUAGGAAGACCCUUCCUGCUCGACGCAGCCUCGCCCCCUUUGGCCUUCCGUGCUUUUAAGGUAGCCUUUCAUUCCUGCCGCUUCCUCCCUCCAGGAUAACGAUAACCCCUUGCCCACCCUCCGCCCGGCCCACGCCGGCUCCUUCCUUCAGGCUUCAAAAGUAAGUUUGUGCCACUGGUGAACCUUCGUUCAGAACAAUUAGCUCUUCUGGGGAAGUUAUCAUUUGGAUUUAUGUUUAAACAAAACAGCACAUGUACCCAUGUAACCCUAUUUGCCUUUAUACUUCUGAUCCCUUCGAAAGAAGCAAACAGGAAGCCUUCCUAUCACCAGGCAACCCGGCCUUGUAAGUACAAAACAGCCCCUUUUAACCGAACGAAGCUCUUUAGGCUCCCCAAGUUUUCCAAGGGUUUGAGCAAUUGGGGUUUCUCAGAGGAAAAAUGUGUAGCUCAAUUCUACCAACGGUGCCUUCGUCGUUUUGUAUUUUAUAUACCUAUUGAACUGAAUUGUAUAUAGAAAUAAAAGCUUACGACCAGUAUCAGGCCGCCCUUUCAUUCUGUU